AUUCGACUUGACCUCCUAACCAAAUGCCAGCUUUAUCUCCUUAAAUUGUAACCUCCCCAAAAUCACACAUUUUUAUUUUACCCUAAAUUAAAACUGUAUACCUUUUUGGCUGCUAUUUAUACACAAUCACACAAUUAAAAAGAUCAAAUAAACAAAAUAAUAAUAUUCCAAAUAAUAACAAAACAAAAACACUUUUGGUUUUUUCUUCUUCUUCUCUCUAAAUCAUAAAAACACAAGUUUUCGACAGAUCAACUGUUUUCUUCAUUACGUGUUCUUCAAUGGCGUCACUUCACUGAUUCUAUUCCUAUCAAACCCACUUACCCAUUCCCUUUUAUAUGCACAAAUUCUCAUAAAGUUUUCAAUUUUAUUCCAUUUUUCUCGGAAGCCAUGGAAGCUGCUAAUGAGCCUGUUAAUGGCGGAUCCGUACAGAUCCGAACAGAGAACAACGAAAGACGAAAGCUUCCUAAUUUCUUACAAAGCGUCAACAUGAAAUACGUCAAGCUAGGUUAUCAUUACCUCAUUACUCAUCUCUUCAAGCUCUGUUUGGUUCCAUUAAUGGCGGUUUUAGUCACAGAGAUCUCUCGAUUAACAACAGACGAUCUUUACCAGAUUUGGCUUCAUCUCCAAUACAAUCUCGUUGCUUUCAUCUUUCUCUCUGCUUUAGCUAUCUUUGGCUCCACCGUUUACAUCAUGAGUCGUCCCAGAUCUGUUUAUCUCGUUGAUUACUCUUGUUAUCUUCCUCCGGAGAGUCUUCAGGUUAAGUAUCAGAAGUUUAUGGAUCAUUCUAAGUUGAUUGAAGAUUUCAAUGAGUCAUCUUUAGAGUUUCAGAGGAAGAUUCUUGAACGUUCUGGUUUAGGAGAAGAGACUUAUCUCCCUGAAGCUUUACAUUGUAUCCCUCCGAGGCCUACGAUGAUGGCGGCUCGUGAGGAAUCUGAGCAGGUAAUGUUUGGUGCUCUUGAUAAGCUUUUCGAGAAUACCAAGAUUAACCCUAGGGAUAUUGGUGUGUUGGUUGUGAAUUGUAGCUUGUUUAAUCCUACACCUUCGUUGUCAGCUAUGAUUGUUAACAAGUAUAAGCUUAGAGGGAAUGUUAAGAGUUUUAACCUUGGUGGAAUGGGGUGUAGUGCUGGUGUUAUCUCUAUCGAUUUAGCUAAAGAUAUGUUGCAAGUUCAUAGGAAUACUUAUGCUGUUGUGGUUAGUACUGAGAACAUUACUCAGAAUUGGUAUUUUGGGAAUAAGAAGGCUAUGUUGAUUCCGAAUUGUUUGUUUCGUGUUGGUGGUUCGGCGAUUUUGUUGUCGAACAAGGGGAAAGAUCGUAGACGGUCUAAGUAUAAGCUUGUUCAUACCGUUAGGACUCAUAAAGGAGCUGUUGAGAAGGCUUUCAACUGUGUUUACCAAGAGCAAGAUGAUAAUGGGAAGACCGGGGUUUCGUUGUCGAAAGAUCUUAUGGCUAUAGCUGGGGAAGCUCUUAAGGCGAAUAUCACUACUUUAGGUCCUUUGGUUCUUCCUAUAAGUGAGCAGAUUCUGUUUUUCAUGACUUUGGUUACGAAGAAACUGUUUAACUCGAAGCUGAAGCCGUAUAUUCCGGAUUUCAAGCUUGCGUUUGAUCAUUUCUGUAUCCAUGCUGGUGGUAGAGCUGUGAUUGAUGAGCUUGAGAAGAAUCUGCAGCUUUCGCAGACUCAUGUCGAGGCAUCCAGAAUGACACUGCACAGAUUUGGAAACACUUCUUCGAGCUCGAUUUGGUAUGAACUGGCUUACAUAGAGGCUAAAGGUAGGAUGAAGAAAGGAAACCGGGUUUGGCAGAUUGCUUUUGGAAGUGGGUUUAAGUGUAACAGUGCAGUUUGGGUGGCUCUAAACAAUGUCAAGCCUUCGGUUAGUAGUCCGUGGGAACACUGCAUCGACCGAUAUCCGGUUAAGCUCGACUUCUGAUUUAAUGAAAAACCAUUUGUUUGGUUAGUCCUAGUCUUACUAGACUCUGCCUUGUUUAUUUUUCUUCUUUUCUGGUUAAGCUCUUGUACUCUUAAUGUGACGCUUCUUGAUUAUUACUCUCGCGUUUUAUUCUAUGGCAUCUUUAUCCAUAUUAAAGAUUGGUUCGUUAUUAUAAUCAUCUCAAAUCAAAAUUGACAAUGAAACAAAGUAAUAUUUUGAGAAUAAAU